AUGGAAGAGGAGCUUCAAAACUUGAGGGAGGUCGUACUCCAACAGGAAGCAGCCCUAAACCUACUCAGGCAACAACAACAACAACAGCAACAAUCAACCCAAUGGAUGUCCAACAAAGACGUAAUUCAGCAGUUCCGUCAACUAAGACAGUUGGACGACCAACAUGACGUGUUGGCUUUCAUAAAAUCUGUCGAAUUUCUUAUGGCGCUAUGCCAGGGAAACGAGCUAUUGAUUCAAUUCGGCACAAACAUUGUUGCCAAUGAAAAAGUCUCAGGAGCAGCAGCGAACUUUGUCAGACAAUUGGGGAUGGAGCCGAGCUGGGAACAGAUGAAAGCCAAGCUGAUGCAACAAAUGCGGCCCAAGACGACUUACGAAGAUGUGUUCGACAGAUGCAGAUUCAUUAAACUUAAACCAGCAAUAUACGAGAACGACAAAGUAGAUCGAGAUUUAUUAAAUAUGUUAAUAAAUAAAAUAGACACUCCAUUCAGAAUUCAUGUCGAUCAGGGUAUAUCUAUGCAUGCCUUAGAAACAAAGUAUUCAAACAUCAAAGCACUGGAUGACCCCAGAGCUAUAUCACAAAGGUACAGGAAAAUAUCUAACAACACAUUCAAUAAACAAAAUAACACUAACAAUAACACUGUCACCACUAACAACAAGCCAAGCCAAAAUAACCAGUCCCAUAAUAAUAAUAACAAUAACAAUGCCAGACAAAGUCUGAAUGGACGGUCGAAUCCCAAUCAUAACGCCGGCACACCUCAGAGCGAUCAGGCAAUUCAACAAUCGUAUAACAGGCCACAACCCGUUCAAAUUCAAAAUUCUAAACCCAACCAUAAUAACAAUUAUAACAAUAGGAACAACGGUUCAAGACAGACAAGAAUGUCUCAUAUGAGCGUUGACACCCAAAGGAACGAUUACAUGGCUAUGGAGAUCGGAACUUUGGAAGAAAAUCGGGCAGAAGAAGAGGAAGAGAUAAAUUUUUUGAUACCUUGCCUAGAGAAACCGGAGUACAACUUCCACAUAGAAUACAUAAAAGGGAAAAAUAACAAUAUCGCUGAUUUCCUGAGUAGGAUCAGAGAGGACGAGAUAAACAUAAUGGAGGUCGAAUCAACCGACGAGGAAGACAAUAGGUCCUUAGGCGUUCAAACGGUUCACUCUAAAGAAGAAGAUCAGGGUUUCGACAUGCCUAUCCUAGAAACAGCCGUUAACAGAUUCAAAGUACAGCUAAUUUUUGCGGAGAGAAAACCUGAGGCCAUCGUACAGGUGUUCGGAAAAAAAAGAAUUUACAUUAGCAAAAAAGACUUGGAAGAUAACCAAGCAGUAAACACCCUCCGACGAGAAAUAACAACAGGAAAAAUAGGAGUUUUCUCACACCUUAGCGACCAUGAGUUUUACCAAUUCCAGAAAAUACUAGAAAAAGGAUAUACCUCCAACCCGAAGUUUGUCUUCGACAACGAAUUCAAUAGUUUAAACGUCAAAGAAUUUUUAGAAAAGGAAGGUAUAGAAUACCACUCAACCAAACCAAAUAGUCACACCGGGAAUAGUGACGUCGAAAGGCUUAACAAUACAUUGACGGAGAAAAUCCGCACCCUAAACAUAGAAGAGAAAAGACCCAUAAUUGAACAAAUGGCAAAAGCUGUAUACUUCUACAAUAACACUUACCACACCACCACAAAAUCCACACCGUUUGAAAUACAAAAUCAUAAAGUAGAUCAUCAGAAAUUGUACGACAGAAUGUCAGCACAAAAAACCGAGAAAAUAAUGAAACUAAAUGAAAAUAGGGAAACUUACAUAGAAAAUAGAACAGAAGGAUUUAUAAGAAAUUAUAAAAUCCUAAGACACAAAGAAGAACCGAAAUUCAGGAAAGCAAAUUUACAGAAUAUCCAUACAACAAACAUUAAAAGACCUACAAAAUUUUCAGAUAACAAUUACAAUUCUCAUCAUGUGCCUGUUGCCAACGCUGUCGACAGCAAUGAUCAAUAUAACACCAAUCCGGGCUGA